UAAUCGGAUGUAUGUGGUCUGACCAUGUAUAUGCAGGUAUAAAUCAACCAGGGACCUUGAUGAAAGAGCCACAACAUCUUGAAGAGAGAUGACCUUGCUCCAGCCCCAUUGUUAUAGUUCUCGCACAUGUUGCUUGCUGGCCACUGGGACAAAUUCCAUUCUUUGAACCUCAUUGCCCAUUGUGAGCCGGCGCUUGCAGAACAUCCCAAAUCUUUCAAAUAUUCGCGCUACGAAGCGAAUCGCGCAGACUCCUUCGGCUCACCUUGAACGCUUCUGCUGAAGUGAGUUUAAGCUUGCGUGCAAGCCCCAGUCUUACACCUGUCGUCAUCCCGCCCCAGCUUUCCCCUUCGCAGCACUCUCACAUGCAACCCCAGGACCACCGCCCUGGCACAGCGCUUACACUCAAUCGCAUGUCGCAUACACCGAUUUUCAAAAAACAAUAUGUCUCACUCACCUCAAACCCUCUGCCGGCCAUCCUCAUACCAUACGUCUCUCCAAUGAAGGCGCCAGCCCUGUUAACACUGCUCUAUUUCCUUGCGCUUUGUGAGGGACGUGGUGAUCCAAGUAAGGUGCCAUAGAAU